AUGUUUGGUCGCUUCUCUUUGAUAGCGUGUUUGUUGAUUGCGACCGUGGAUUCCAGGUUAGACAAGUUGCUUCAAGCUCCACCGUAUAAUUAUGAAAGAGAAGAAGAUCAUGUGUUCGAUAAAAAGUGGUAUUGUGGACCGAGUUAUGGUCGUUACAGUGCGUAUGUUCGAAAGGCUGCACAGAUCUACGCCAAGAUGUUCGGUGGAGAUUGCAUGGGUAACUUGUUGUAUUGUAAUUUGAUAAAAAAUAGCAUUUUUAUUGCUUCAAGAUUGUUAAAAGUACAUGUUUUGAAAGUUACAGUAAGUUUUUUCUGUAGAAUUUUACGUUUUGAAGCGCAACAAACUCUUGUCGUUUUUUACCACAUAAGCUGAUGUAAAUUGACGACAAAUCUUUUUAAAGCGUAAAAUAUCAUUUUUCUUGCUUCAAAUUUCUUAAAAAUACAUGUUUUGAAGUUACUGUAAGCCCUUUCUGUAGAAAUUUGCAUUUCAAAGCAUAAAAAAGUCUUGUCGUUUUUUACUAUUCAAGCCAAUGUAAAUUGACGACAAGACUUUUUGAAAACACUAAAACGUCAAUAUAGUCGCGUAUAUGAACGUUAACAUUAUAAUUUAUGUUUAUCAAAGUUGUCAUAGGGUAAAUUAACAAAUGAAUCUUGUUAUAGGUUACAUCAACGAAUGUUGCUUUGACCACGACCGCUGUUACGACAAACUUCUUGGCCAACAGUAUUGUGAUGCCGAAUUUUGCGGAUGUUUGAGUCGCACGACGUGUAGAACAGUUGGUAAUGAUUUUUGUCAAGCUGUACAAGACUUUGGCGAGUAUAUUUACCACAAUCGUAAGUUUUUUAAAAUUUUAAAAUUUUUUAAAAAUUUUUUUUGAAAAAAUGAGUGUUUGUUUAAAUUUUACGUAAUUUUUUUGUAAAAAGUUAUGUAAGUUAUUACCUUUCAGCAAGAGGCACAGUCGAUCUAUGGCUAGCGGUGGCGAAGUAUCUAAAAAAGUUCAGAGUUGGUCGUGAAAUCCUUGCUAUGCUCGACUGGUUUUAA